GAAGUUGAUUUUGUAGAACAAUGGAAGUUUUGUGCAUCUGUGGACAAUGGAUCUCAAAAGAAUCUCUCCAGUGGGAGUUUCUUGUUGAUUUGAAGAGGAAUGCAUCAAUCAUUUCCAUAGAAGAAGAUCUACUGUAUGAAGAUUUGAUGAAGAUUGUCUCUGAAGAUUUUAGUGUUAAAGAGGAAGAAAUCAGUUUGAGUUAUGGUUUUUCAUUGGAUAUGAAAUGUAUUAUUGAAAGUUUCCCCCCACUCUCGAUAGGUAAUACUCGUCAGCUCAGAACUUUCAUUUCCAAGACUAGAGCAUUUGAUGGAACCUGUCGUUUGUGUGUUAAGGUUAGUACUGAUCCAGUUAGCUGUAACACUCAAGCUUCUGAUACAUUUGCUUCUACUGUUCCAUUGAAUGCCAAUCCAGCGAUUCUUUCUACUGUGCAGAGUGAAAAACAGAGUCUUCUAUAUGAAGGUGUUUCUACAGUUCCUCUGAAUGCUCUUCCGGAUUUUAGUACUGAUUCAGCUAGCUGUAACAUUCAAGCUUCUGAUACAUUUGCUUCUACUGUUCCAUUGAAUGCCAAUCCAGUGAUUCUUCCUACUGUGCAGAGUGAAAAACAGGUACAUUGUCCCUAAUUCCCUUUUUCUGUUUGUGUUUGCAUGAUAUGCUUCAUAAUCAAGUAUUAUGCCUUACAGAACUACUUGAC